AUGGAGGGUGCUAAUCAAACUGGGAUAGUUCGCUUCCACUUCCGCCCCUUCUCCAAACUCCCUGAGGUGCAGAUGUUGAUUUUUGUGGCCUUCUUGAUCAUGUACCUGGUCAGCAUCAGCGGCAAUGUCUCCAUUUCUCUCAUCAUCUGGAUCAACCGUUCUCUGCACACCCCCAUGUACUUCUUCCUGGCCAACUUGGCAGCUCUGGAGAUCUGCUACUCUUCCACCAUCGCCCCUCUGACCCUGGCCAGCGUCCUGUCCACAGAGAGAGCCCUCAUCUCCCUGCCUGGCUGUGGUACCCAGAUGUUCUUCUUCAUCUUCCUGGGUAGUGCUGACUGCAUUCUACUAGCUGUCAUGGCCUAUGACAGGUUUGUGGCCAUCUGUCACCCUUUGCGCUACACCCUCAUGAUGAGCUGGCAGUUGUGUGUGCAACUGGCCCUGGGGUCUCUGGUGCUGGGGUUCAUCUUGGCCAUGCAGCUGACUGUGCUCAUCUUCCAACUCCCCUUCUGCAGCAGUAAAGAAAUCAGUCUGUUCUACUGUGAUGUCCUCCCUGUCAUGAGACUGGCCUGUGCAGACACCUGGGUCCAUGAGGCCACCCUCUUUGUGGUCAGCAUCACCGUCCUCACUAUCCCCUUCCUGCUGAUCACUCUCUCCUACGUCUUCAUCGUGGCCGCCAUCCUGAAGAUUCGCUCGGCAGAGGGGAGGCACAAGGCCUUCUCCACUUGCUCCUCUCACCUGACUGUGGUCCUGCUGCAGUACGGAUGUGGGAGCCUCAUCUACCUGUGCCCCAGCUCCAGUUACUCUCCAGAGAGGGGCCAGGUGGUGUCUGUGGUUUACACAUUCAUCACCCCUGUGCUGAACCCCUUGAUCUACAGCAUGAGAAACAGGGAGCUUAAGGAUGCUUUGAAGAGAACCAUGAUCAGGUUCCUGUUGUCCUAA